AUUCCAAGUUUUGAGUUAAUGUUUACAAAAAGUGAGAAUUAUCGUAAUAGCAAAGUGAGUAACUGUUAAUAGCUAUGUUAUGUUGUUAUUUAAUGAAAUGAUUUACGUAAGUGCGAUUAAGUAUGCCUAUGGAAUGAAUCCCUAUGAACAUAGAGCUAUUAAGAUAUGAGAUCACCACUACGACAGAACAUAGAAGCAAACAUAGAAGAAAUUAGAUUGUAUCUUUUGGUGGCUAUAGUGAAAGCAGCAAGAUAAGUGAUACGUAUAGAAUAAUUUUUAAGCUCAUGAUUUUAUAGCCGCUAUGAAUCUCCAUGACUUAUGCUUAAGUAUCCAAUUUAGAUGAUGAGCUUUAUAUGCUUAAAAAUUUUUAUGACUCAUGGAUUUGAGAUGCUAAGGACACUUAAAGCUUACUACAUCAAUGUUGACAUUGGAGUUAUGACUUGUUUACAAGUUAGAAUAAGUUGACCUUACAAGAAUUCUUUUGAGGUUUGUAUUAGAUUAUGCUAGAGUGUACUAAUUGGCACAUAUUUGCUACCAGAAUGCCGCCUAGGAGAGGACGCCCUGCGAGAAACAAUAACAAUCGCAGAAACCGUAACGCUGUACCCGAAGAACCACAAGAUGCUCGAGGACAUAACCCAUCCCCUCCGCCUCCGACUAGGAGAGUCGAAGAACUCUUUUUAAGGCAAAAUCCACCUACGUUUGACGGAACGAGUGAACCGGCUGAAGCUGAGAUUUGGGUGCGUGCAAUGGAACGUAUUUUCAACUUUCUACGUUGUACUGAUGAGGAGCGCCUAUCUUGCGUCUCAUUCCAACUAACAGGAUCAGCGGAUUUCUGGUGGGAAGCACGUCGAAAAAUUCUGACACCUGAACAAUGGGCAAGUUAUACUUGGGAAGAUUUUAAGACAGGAUUAUAUGAUAAAUAUAUUCCGAAAAGCUAUAGGAAGAAGAAAGAAGCUGAGUUCUACGAGUUGAAGCAAGGAAAUAAAUCUGUGGUUGAAUACGACAAGGAAUUCUGCAACAUGUCUAGGUUUGCUCCGCAACAAGUGGACACAGAGGAGAAGAUGGCAGAGAAAUUUUGUGAAGGACUGCGGUACGAAAUUAAGAUGGUUCUAGCAAGCCAUGGAGGACUCUCAUACACGGAGUCUCUGAACAGGGCACUUGACAUUGAAGCUGCAAUGCCGUCAGACAAGUCAGCCCCACCAUUGAUCUCAACGCCAAACGAUCCACCAGGAGCCUCACAUACUCUCAAAGGGAAGCACAAGUGGGACAACAACGAAGACAAUAUCAAUCAGACCAGUAAGAAAGUGUGGCAAGAAAAGGAACGGGCCGAACAGUUUAUUCAACCAAGGUACGAGGCACAGACUAAUCUCGAGCCAACUGGAGGUAACCAAGGUCAGAAAGGAAUUUCACCUUGCCCAAAUUGCGGUAAGAUGCAUAGGGGUAUCUGUCGGGCUGGAACUAACGGUUGUUACAAUUGUGGCCAAAAAGGUCACUACUCCACGCAAUGCCCCAACAGACAACGAGGUUCAGCAAUUGGGAACACCCACACCCCCUUGCCAGCAAUACGUGGACACUUGCGAAAUCAGCCUCAAUCACAUCAGUGAAAAUCUUAUGGAGACACCGCAGACAAGAAAAGCUACGUGGGAGCUUGAAAACAAGAUGAAGGAAAAAUACCCCGAAUUGUUUUAGCAGAGAUAUGCAAAUUUCGGGACGAAAUUUUUGUUAAGAGGGGUAGUAUGUAGUAGCCCGCUCUUUUAUUUAUGAUAAAAACUAGUAAAUGCAAUUUUUUAUAAAUGAAUCCAGUUUAUGGUUCUGAUUUUUUUUAUCAGAGGCAGAGUUAUUAUUUUAGCGUUAUAUUUUUUAUAACGUAUGAAAAAAAAAAAAAAAAAAAAAAACGCGACGAGGAUUAUUGAGCAAUCAAUAAUUAUUAUUUCCAAGUUAUAACUGACUUAGCAAAGUCAUGUUAUUUAUUAAUCGAGAAACAGAAGCAGUUAUAUUUUAUUAGUGCUACUAGAAGUCGAGAAAUUAUUCCGACUGCAACGCAAAUUCAAUCUACGGAUUUAAUCUAGAUUCAUAUUACUGUAUUAGCAUCACCAAGGCAUGAGGAUAUAAUUCAUUUAUUCAUCAAUCUCAUUCUCAUACUUUACAAACUCUUAUAACCAAUUACAGUUUCACCUAUCAAUGCUAUGAAGUAGAUACAUGAAUAUGCUAGACAUAUAUGUAAGCAUACAAUCAUCAUUAUUUUUUUCCACUCCCUAAUGUCUCCUACACUAUACACGCAUAAUCUCCACUUCUCCACUCCACCAACUAUCUCCACCACCUUUUGCUUUCUUCCACUACAUUUUUUUCUCACCACCCUUUCCACUCCACUAAUUCCACUACACCAAACUUUCCACCUACUCCCUUCCCCACCACACGCAAGAAUGCAUCUAACAUUCCAUUAUACAGGCAACAAUCUUUUCAUCAUCUUCAUUCUUCACUAAGGAACCGAAGAGCAGCCACGAGUUCUGCCAUAAGCACACUGCUCCGGCAGUGUUUUGCAAGGCGAUUCCAGCCAUCCAAAAGUUUCCAGAAUGUCUUUUGGAGCAUCAUUUGGAGAUCCGAGGCAGAUUUGGUGUCUGUUGCAAAACAACCCCUUAAGAGCUCAAGUUGUUGAAUUAUUUUCUAUGUAUCAAAGUUUAUUUUAAAGGAUGUUUCAUGAAAGAUUUCGUAUAUGUGCGUAACAAGUUUGGGACUAUUUAUUUUAAAUGAGGUCCGUUCUUUAUUUAAAUUAUGAUGGACUUUUAAUGAAUAUUUUUGGGAUUAAACUCUUAUUUCUUGAUUUAUAUAAAUUAUUUUUUUUAAGGACUUAUAAAUAUGAAUUUCGUAGGCCUACUGACCUACUGUGAUCGACGGUUUGUCGAUGUCUAAUAGCUUUGAAAAUUUUAUAGCAAGUCCUGACAUGAGUCUUGAGUACCCUGGUAAAAUUUCAAGCCAUUCCAACUUCGUUUGAUACUUCUUUAAAAUGCAAAACCUAAACUGCACAUAACUACCGAGAAUUUCAGAGAACAGAUGAAAGAGUCAUUUAUUUCAGUAGCUUCCUGUGUGAUCUAGCUUUCCAAAUUUUUAUGGUAUUAACCUUAUUGUGUUAGCUAGAUAUCCACCAAAGUUGAGCCCAGUUUGACAACGUUUACUAUUUGUCAAAAAUCCAAGUUUUCGAUUGUUCAAAACUGCCGAACAUGGUAGAUCGUGGUAAAAACGUCAUAUCUCUCAAACCACUUGGAGUUUUCGACUCUACUUUUUUUUAUAUGAAACUAGAUUCGAAGAUCUUUCUUUCGGUAUGAGUCUCGAGUCCAGGAGAUGUCGGAGUCAGAACAGAUUAAAUUUUGAAGUUGAGUCAGUGUAAAAACAGAGCAUGUUUUGAUGAUGUUUGAUUGUGAUUCUUAUGUGCCUUAUGUGUUUGUGUUGCCUAUGUGUUUGAAUGAGAUUAGACGAGGUAUGAUUGAUUUUUGACUGUCUUUAAUGUAACGAAUUAUGGAUGCUAGAACCCUAAAACACUAAAAGAUACCCUAGGCACGUAGAAUUAGACUUUGUCUUAUGACAAUUACUUCACGAACUUAUCGACUCUUCAUCAAUGAAGGUCCGGGCGACAGAAAGUGAAGCCGAAGAAGAAACGACUCCACGCCAGCUUUAAGAACAAUUGAGGUUGAGCUGUGAUGGGCGAUGAAGUGUUGCUGAGUGGAGUUUUUGUCGAACUUAAAGUAGGCUCAGAAAGGAUACAUGUCUUCAUACAUGUAUCACAGUUAUGCUUUCCGCUGUAAACACUGAUUAUUUCAGUUACGCCUUCCGUUGCAAACUCUGAUAAUGUUUUAGCCAAGCCCCUAAUGAUGCCUUUUUCCUUUUAAGGAAUAUAACGCGUAUACAAGUUCUUUGAGUA